GUUUGUAGUAAGUUUGUACCGCAGUUCCUGAUGCGCACGUGUCGAGGAGGGAGUUGCUGUGAAUUUGGAAUUAUUUUAGCAGUAGUUUUUUAGAAACAGAAGUGCCGCGCACGAAAUAGACUAGUGAAUAGUGUUUAUAUCGUAGGAGGCCAUUGAAGCUUGCCAUGUAUCUGGAAAUAAGUGUGUAUGUAACUGGCUUGGAGAUGCCAGUCUCUGUUUAAUCAAGGCCCUUGACAUCAGUACUGUAGUCACAAUCGUCACACCAUCAGCCAUGACCAGGAAGAACGGCCUACCACCUAAGGCCAACGGGACCUUAACUAGAAAGAAGGACCCACAGAAGAUUACCAG